UUGGUGUCAGUAAUGUAACUUUCAGUCAGGUCACACCAAAACAAGAAAACCAACAUGGCGUUCCUCAGUAGCAACGAGUGGACGGCAAUCUGCGAUAAAUUUACCAACGCCCAAAACUUCACUGAAAUCAAAUCCAGAAACGAUCCAGAAAAUGACCCAUAUCGCUCCAAGUACAAAGCCAGAGACCUUCUCCGGGAGAUACACUGUUCGCUGAAGAGUUUCGAGGCCGGUGACGGGGAUGAAGACGGCGGGCCGCAGGGCGGCCACCAACGGCCGACAGAGCAGCCGGUGGAUGGCCAGCUGGAGGAAAUGUUCGAGCGAGGCUCAGAUGGCGACUCGCCCACCGGACAAAGGACGGCGAGGCUCGCGGCGGUGGAAUAUUACCUGGGCGUGAACCAUGUGGACACAGAGGAGCUGUCGGCUGGCCAAGAGCACCUAAUGAACUGCAUGAAACUGCUGGAAAGAUGCAGAGUGUCUACCGAAAAUGUGUCGUUAUUCAUCCACGUCCGGAACCAGCUGGGUAUCCUCUGGGCAGGUCGUGGGGAGACUGAGACAGCACAGAGUUUCCUGGAAAUGGCAGAGGCAAUCUACCUGCGUUACAUGAAGGAGGAUGGAAGUCCUCCCACUGAUCUGGUGGAGUAUUUCACUACCAACGAGAAGCUGCUGACACAUCAGGAAAAGAACAAAAAAUUUGAGCUGGCCUACACACACACAAUGUAUUACCUUGCUCAAGUCUAUCAAAACCUUGGUCAAACAGAGCGAGCUGCCACCUAUUGUCACAGCACCCUGCAGAGACAGCUGCAGUUAGGUCAGUUCAAUCCCAUAGAGUGGGCUCUCAAUGCCGCUACGCUGUCACAGUAUUAUAUCACAAAGGGGCGAUACAUGGAGGGGCGACACUGUCUCUCAGCAGCCACAGUCAUAUCUGGUUUAGCAGGAGAAGUUCCCUCUGAGGCUGCCGCACAAGAGAGUGAGAUAGAGAGCGAGCGUCGGGAUCAGCUCAGGCAGAAGAGAGCCGAGAUAGCAAGAUGCUGGAUCAAAUACUGUCUCAUCCUUCUUGAGGAUGCCAAGAAAGUGCUCGAGGACAACAUUGGGGAGCUGGAUACUGAUCUUCAGGAGGAGUUGAAGAGGAAGAGGAUGCUUGAGGUGGAGGAAGAAGAGAAGGGCAGGAAGAGUGCUCUGUUGUUUGGCUCUGAGGACACUUUUGACUCGAUUGCGAGCUUGGAGGAGACGGUGGGCUGCUUGCUGCCACUGGACUUCACCGAGGCCAGGAAUGUAUUUCUGGUGGGACAGAACUUUGUCACACAGGCGAAGGAGUACUUCCAGAUGGACGGUUAUGUAACGGACCACGUUGAAAUCCUGCAGGAUCACAGCUCUCUCUUCAGGUCUCUGGCCUUUUUUGAAGAGGAUGUCGAGCGACGCUGCAAGAUGCACAAACGGCGUGUUGACAUGCUGGAGACCAUCUGCCUUGAACUGCAUGCCCAGUACUACCUCAUGAUCCGCAGACAGUUGAUGUUUGAGCUGGCUGAGACCUACAAUGAAAUGAUGGACCUCAAACUGACUCUGGCCAACAGACAGGCUGACACACAAUCUCUCGAUAGCCACACAAUAAAGAAGUUCAACAGCCUCUGCUCUGCCUCCGCCAAGUACUUCCAGAUGUUCCUGGAUUCUCUGCGCUCUCCAGAUGGGAAAUUUCCUGAGCACCUGGAGAAGGAGGUGCUCAGACCGGCACUGGUGGCACGCUUCCGAGUGGCCCGACUGCACAGCCGCCUGAUUUGCUCUCUACCGCUUACUCAGCUGGACAACCUUAACAACUCACUGGAAAACUACAAAUACGUCGUUCAGUACUGCGAAGCCCACCCUGAAGCCGCCGCCGUCGUGGAGUCGGAGCUGGAACUCAGUAAGGAGAUGGUCGGUCUCCUUUCUCUUAAAAUCAACCGCCUCAAAGCGAGGAUGGCUGCUAACAACUGAAUUAUGGGCAAAAAAACAGUAAUUUAUCAUUCAUCGUUUGUGCCGCGUGUGCAUGGAAUCAACAGUCCAGUGAAUGAUCACAUGCAAAGAGUAAAUGUUUCCUUCACUAUAACCUUGCACACAUGUAUAUUUAAAGGGGGACAUUGCCUGGCACACUGCAUGAGAAAUCCGAUCAUAAAAUGAGCCAAUUGCAGCAUGGCAAGCUUGGGAACUGUUUGAAAUGAUGAAAAUUCAUGUCUCCUUUUAACAUAAACUAGAGCGUAACCUUUACAAAUCAUACUAGUCGAAAGACACACCAUAACAACUUCAUGUAUAUAACUGGAUUUAUUUAAGUCUGCUUUUGUCAUCAUGAUUGAGGGGAGG